AUGCCUGUGUUUUACUCACCUGUUCCCGAGAACCUGCAGAUGGGUCUGGCCUAUAUGGGAGGCUCUGUGUUCACCAAUAACAGGACAGCAGACAGUGACUUCACCAGGCAGCAGGAGGACGCGUCUGUGGUCAACGAGCUGGUUUCUUACCUUCCCUUGCAGAUGCUUCUUUACUUCAACAUGUUUUAUUUUCCCUGUUGGUGGUUUUCUGCUGUUUUCAUGUUGGAAGUCAAGUUCUAUUAUCUUCCUGGGUACUACCAGGCCCUGCUUAUAACCGGGAUGAUCCUCCUCACAGUCGUUGAAGCAGUCAGACUUUAUCUGGGCUACAUUGGCAACCUUAAAGAAAAGGUGCCAGAGCUGGCAGCCUUCUGGCUCCUGUCUUUCAUGUUUCAGCUGCCAGUGCUGCUGUUCUUCCUGACCGAUGAAGGAAUUAUCAUCCUGCCUCUAGAGAGAGCUGUGCACUCCCUCUACCUCCUCUUCCUGCUCGCCCAGAUUCUGGCUUCCUUCCUGGCUCUCAGGACCAUGACCCGAAAGCUCACACUGCUCUUCCAUCUGCGCCAGUUUGGCAAGGUGGAGAGCUUUCGCCACGCAGGGCUGAGCCCUGUCUACGGGCUGCCCUACCACCGCAGUGUGCUGCCCAUGUCACCCACCCAUAAUAUGUACCAUUAA